GGGAUUAUAGGCAUGAGCCACUGGGCUCAGACAAGGGCUCUUCUUGAUGGCUUACUGUAUCCACUUUGUCCCCAAGACCAUAGGGAAAUGACUAGAGGUGACUGUACUAGCUAGAUUUUAAAUGAAACUGAAAUGAAAGUUCACUUCCUCAUUUUGAGUACCUCAUGUGACAAGUUCCAAUUUCUUUUCAAGUCAAUUGAACUGAAAUCUCCUUGUUGCUUUGAAAUCUUAGAAGAGAGCCCACUAAUUCAAGGACUCUUACUGUGGGAGCAACUGCUGGUUCUAUCACAAUGAAACGGCUGGUUUGUGUGCUCUUGGUGUGCUCCUCUGCAGUGGCGCAGUUGCAUAAAGAUCCUACCCUGGAUCACCACUGGCAUCUCUGGAAGAAAACCUAUGGCAAACAAUACAAGGAAAAGAAUGAAGAAGCAGUACGACGUCUCAUCUGGGAAAAGAAUCUAAAGUUUGUGAUGCUUCACAACCUGGAGCAUUCAAUGGGAAUGCACUCAUAUGAUCUGGGCAUGAACCACCUGGGAGACAUGACCAGUGAAGAAGUGAUGUCUUUGAUGAGUUCCCUGAGAGUUCCCAGCCAGUGGCAGAGAAAUAUCACAUAUAAGUCAAACCCUAAUCGGAUAUUGCCUGAUUCUGUGGACUGGAGAGAGAAAGGGUGUGUUACUGAAGUGAAAUAUCAAGGUUCUUGUGGUGCUUGCUGGGCUUUCAGUGCUGUGGGGGCCCUGGAAGCACAGCUGAAGCUGAAAACAGGAAAGCUGGUGUCUCUCAGUGCCCAGAACCUGGUGGAUUGCUCAACUGAAAAAUAUGGAAACAAAGGCUGCAAUGGUGGCUUCAUGACAACGGCUUUCCAGUACAUCAUUGAUAACAAGGGCAUCGACUCAGACGCUUCCUAUCCCUACAAAGCCAUGGAUCAGAAAUGUCAAUAUGACUCAAAAUAUCGUGCUGCCACAUGUUCAAAGUACACUGAACUUCCUUAUGGCAGAGAAGAUGUCCUGAAAGAAGCUGUGGCCAAUAAAGGCCCAGUGUCUGUUGGUGUAGAUGCGCGUCAUCCUUCUUUCUUCCUCUACAGAAGUGGUGUCUACUAUGAACCAUCCUGUACUGAGAAUGUGAAUCAUGGUGUACUUGUGGUUGGCUAUGGUGAUCUUAAUGGGAAAGAAUACUGGCUUGUGAAAAACAGCUGGGGCCACAACUUUGGUGAAGAAGGAUAUAUUCGGAUGGCAAGAAAUAAAGGAAAUCAUUGUGGGAUUGCUAGCUUUCCCUCUUACCCAGAAAUCUAGAGGAUCUCUUCUUUUUAUAACAAAUCAAGAAAUAUGAAGCACUUUCUCUUAACUUAAUUUUUCCUGCUGUAUCCAGAAGAAAUAAUUGUGUCAUUAUUAAUGUGUAUUUACUGUACUAAUUAGAAAAUAUAGUUUGAGCCCGGGCAUGGUGGCUCACGCCUGUAAUCCCAGUACUUGGGAGGCCAAGGCAGGCAUAUCAACUUGAGGCCAGGAGUUAAAGAGCAGCCUGGCUAACAUGGUGAAACCCCAUCUCCACUAAAAAUACAAAAAAUUAGCCGAGCACGGUGGUGCAUGCCUGUAAUCCCAGCUACUUGGGAGGCUGAGGCACGAGAUUCCUUGAACCCAAGAGGUUGAGGCUGUGUUGAGCUGAGAUCACACCACUGUAUUCCAGCCUGGAUGACAGAGUGGAGACUCUGUUUCAAAAAAACAGAAAAGAAAAUAUAGUUUGAUUCUUCAUUUUUUUAAAUUUGCAAAUCUCAGGAAAAAGUUUGCUAAGUAAAUUAGUAAUGUACUAUAGAUAUAACUGUACAAAAAUUGUUCAACCUAAAACAAUCUGUAAUUGCUCAUUGUUUUAUUGUAUACUCUUUGUCUUUUUAAGACCCCUAAUAGCCUUUUGUAACUUGAUGGCUUAAAAGUACUUAAUAAAUCUGCCAUUUCAAAUUUC